AUAGCAGCCACUAAAUUUUUUCUGGAAUCCAGCAAUUUGGAGGGAGACCUAUGUGCCUUAAUCCUGGAACUGUUGUCCUUCAUUCUAACGAGAAAUUUUUUCAUCUUUAAAGGGGUCUUCUACCUACAACUGCAGGGAACGGCUAUGGGGGCGGCUUGUGCGCCCUCAUAUGCCAAUUUGUUCCUUGGGUUGUGGGAGAGGACCCUUUUUACGUCGGAUACCUGCCCCUUGGCUGAAAAAGUACUGUCAUGGGGCAGAUACAUUGAUGAUAUCCUGUUUAUUUGGCAGGGUACACUAGACGAGUUGGAACAGUUUAUGGAUGCCCUCAAUAACAACAACUUAAACAUUCAUCUAACGCAUAAAGUGAAUAAAACUAAUAUUGAGUUUUUGGAUAUCCAGAUACAGGCGGACGCCAAUGGAUUUAUCCAGACGAAUCUACAUCGUAAAUCUACUUCAGCUAAUACCGUACUACACGCCAGCUCUGCUCACCCCACACAUUUGAUCAGAAAUAUUCCCAUAGGUCAAUUCCUACGUGCAAGACGCCUGUGCUCCACGGAACAGGACUUUGAAAUGCAGGCCCGUGAUCUAGAGAAAAGAUUCCGUGAAAGGGGCUAUAGCAAUCGGAGCAUUAAAAGGGCAUACUGGAGAGCGAAAAAAACGGAUCGUGCGUCAUCCCUACAUAGAACAAGGACCAACAAGACAACUGACAACCAGGUAUCGACCACGUCCCGGUGGGUAUCAGAGGUGGCCAAUGGAAGAAAUUGGUUGCACAAAGAGAAACGCGAUGGAUCUUCAGGCUGGACACACUUGUACCUCACGGCUUAAAUGAGGUAAACAGCUAUGCCCCAUUUUUGUGAGGAGUAUUGGUUGGUUUCUGAGCUCGGAUUUUUAUUAGUGUGUGUAAUUAAUGGGUUUUAAGUGAUUUUUUAGCAGCUUCCAUUUUGUUUUAACUGUUGUUUAUUAAUUUAUUCCUUUUUAUCUGAUUGUCUAUCUAGAUGUGUUAUGAGACUUACCAACCAGGGCCAUCACGUGACUACUUCUAGCCUCCUUCUAUCGUUGGAGUGACCUUACCACCGGAAUCAUGUUGGGACUCUCUUUCUCUUAUCAAUUUUAAAACAUACUUUUUUAU